AUGAACGGGAUUUGCUUGUUGCUUUUCGUGGGAGUCAUCAUUUUGGAAGCAGCAUCAUGCCAAACUUCUCAGGGUAGGUCACUCUUAUCCGCACUAUAAUAACCGUAACGACGUAAAAAGAAAACAACAGACUGAACGACCUUAUCAUGUCCGAUCAAGUCGCAAGUAUUGCAUUAUGUUCCAUUCUAUUCUAUAAGUCAGAUGAGUCGACCUGAUAAAAAACGCAGUAAAAAAAAAUCGAUAACCACUAAUUAAUCUACGUGACUUAUAGAGACUAGCUUACCAAAACUAAAAAAAGUUACUCUUUCAAGGAGUAAGUCAACACACUGUACUGGCGUCUCAAAAGUUUCUUCUUCGACUGAGCAAGGGCAUCCAACGUCAAUUUUUGGAAAAUAUCUGUUCGGAAGACGAUUUUGAGAUCUAGAAUUUUCGGAACAUUUUUGUUGUAAAAUUUCUUGCUUGCCUGCCUCUCCUAGCAUUUUCGAACAUCUAAAAAAUGGUAUAAUUGCCCAUUUUUAACGGAUUUUUACCCUAAAAAGGUCACCUAGAAUUUUCGGGAGCCUUUUUUCUGGCUGAAAUUUUCGAAAAGGUAAGUUUUUAUUCCUAUAAUUUUCGGAUCACUAGCCUUUCAGCUAGGAAAUCCGAACAGGUGAAAAAUUUUUAGGGGAUAAAAAUAUGCCUAUAUCUGCCGUUUAAAUACUAAAAUACGUUCAACAAUGCUAUGUUUGAAUGGUUUUGAACUAUAUUCUCGAUGGGUGACCCUGACUGAGGAAAGUAUUCACUCCAUAGUAAAAAGCGAGGCUAACUAGCAAAUGUGACCCCCUGAACUGCGUUUUUAAUUGUCCCAGUUGGAAAAUGUGGUAUCCUCUGUGUGAUUUUUUGUCUUCUUUUCCACCUGUUCAUUCUCCGGUUCUUAGUAAAUAUAAAUUUCAUUACGUGGUAUUUACCUAGAAAAUCUUCAAAUAAUUAAUGAUUCAUGAGGAGAAAACUGACAAGAUAAUUAAUUCUAUACCCCUGAGUAAAUUUAGGAACUGAAUCGGAUCCCCAUUAUUAGAAAAUUUCCCAGGCUUUUGCGUGAGGUUUCUUAACUAGUGAGGAGAGUCAAAUCUCUUGACAUACACACUUUUCAAUGCCUUCCCACUAUAGGGAGGAAGGGCUCCAGCGAGAAUUUUGAUGACUUAUUGUGAAGUUUCAUUCUAAAGUUUUGUCUAUCCGCCUUCUUGCCAAAAGGCCCAGGCAGCGUGCUAGGUACUAGGUGCUCCAUGUGAUUGAGUCCCAUACUAGUGUGGCGAAGAAAACUCAGCGGCGGAUAGCCAGAAGAGGUCAUCAAAGUUUUUUAUCCUUAUUUUCUCCCUUUCAGCUGAAACUUCAUGCAGGUCAUGCUCACUUCCAUGGCACCUGGCGUAUCAUCACGAUGAGAAUGGCAACACGAUUGCCGGGUGGAGGUAUGGCUUGAUAUCUGCCGUGUUAUCAAGUGCACGCGUUCGCGUGGUCAUCUUGGGAAAUUCGUACAGUACAGAGACGGAUAAUAUACAUGUACACGCUGGUCAUGUUUUCGCCCAACUUCUGCAGCAUGUCAGUAAAGCAUCAUGGGACAGGUUUCAAGAUAACGCCUACUGGUGGUGGGUGUACGUGUCAACCAACGGACAGAUGCAGAUGACCAGGUACAGCGUUGGCUCCAGUACACAUCGUGGAACCAAUGGUUUAAGGACAAGCAUUAAAUGGUACGUGCAGAGGUUAGCAGUCUUCCUAACACCAUUAUAUUCAAACCAGGCAAAUGGAAACAAAGAGCAAGGUGACUUGGAUGACCUGGUGACGAGCGUUCAGAAUGGCCAAGAAAUCCGAUGUGUUAGCACUAAGGGUUACUCUUUUCCUCUCCAGAACGUGGCAGUUAACACUAAUGGUGCCAAGUACGUUUCAGGGCAAAGCUUAGACCACAUAAGUACUCGCACUAGCGGCAACCUGAUCCAGUUUCAGAGCCAUGCCUAUUGGUGGUUCACCGUGGUGACUACUCGUGGAUUACGUGACAUGUCACGCUGGAAUGUUGGGGCCCACACGUCACGAGGUCACACCCAAGAUACUGUGGCCAUCGAAUGGUUUUCAGAUGGCUGCUGGAGGGAAGUUUUCUCCAAUGAUGACAGUGGAAAUUACCUAUCUGGAAGCCGCCAGGCACUUACGUCAGCCUUAUUGUCAGGACACCGUGUACGUUUCCAGAUCCCUGCCUGGAAUUACUACACUGCCGAGGCUGACAAUCUCUCUGUGCGCAGAGGUCAUGUUACAGCUCAGGCGAUCAAACAUGUCAGCAAGAAAGGAUUAACUGGAUUCCAAAACGACGCCUACUGGUUUUGGUUGAUGGUUUCCACCACAGGUACCGUUCGCGCCACAAGGUACAAUGUCGGAGAACACAGGCACCGAGGUGAUUCUACAUAUAGGCUGACAGUAAAGUGGUUCAUUGAUACCCGAAGCUGGACCCAUGCCCUGUCCAAUGAUCCCUCCGGAAAGAUUUUAAGCGGAGACAGGAAAUCUCUGGUGGAUGCUGUAAGAAAUGGAGCAGACAUACGCUGUGUCCAAGGAAAUGAAAAGCAAGGCUAUGCAUACAAAGCUCAAAAUCUUGCUAUUUCUCCAGAUGGAAAUAACGUCGCUGCACAAGCAAUCAGCCACAUCAGCAUGAUGUCCGCCCCCAACCCACAAGAGGUGAAGAUUCAGUCCAAUGCCUAUUGGUGGUUCACUAUCGUGUCUACAACUGGCCUGAGAGAGAUGUCUCGAUGGACCGUGGGUGAGCAUGUAGAUCGUGGGCAUACCUCUGACAGAGUUGGCCAGAAGUGGUUUGUCAACAACUGA